CACUAACCUUCGACAACUUUGACAAGAGAGCAAUAACAAAUUAAUAUUCUACUGUCAACAUUGGGGCAUAGGUGACAGGUCUCCAUUCUUCCGUCUCUUAGUGGCACCAACGACGUUUUGAAGUGUUUUUUGGAGGAGUGGGACUGUAAGAUUUAAGAUUUAUCUGCAAAAGCAUUCUUGGGUGGCAUGAUAUCUGCAGCUUAGCAGAUCAACUGCUUUUAAGCAAUGGAAGGCUCAGAUGGAAGUUCGAUAACUCUGAUAUCUAGGCAAGAGGGGUUUGAUUACGACUUCGUGCCCCCCUUAGAUAGCAAGUAUGAGUGUGCCAUAUGUCUCCUUGGCCUCAGAUCUCCAAUGCAGACAACCUGUGGGCACCGAUUUUGUAAAGACUGCAUCUUCAAUUGUUUAAGUGAGAGUAGCAGUCGGUGUCCUGUUGACAAUACGCCACUAUUGGAGAGUGACUUGUUUGCAGAUUCUUGUGCUGAAAGGGAGAUACUACAGCUUAAAGUAAAGUGUCCAAACCAUGCACUUGGAUGUUCAACAGUUGUGGAUCUCAUGUACAUAGAACAUCACACACAGGCUUGUUCCUGUCAGCCUGUGAUGUGCCCUAAUGAGUGUUCAGCAACAGUUCUGCAGAAGGAACUUGAACAGCACCUAACAUCGCAGUGCAUCUUGCGGGUUACCAGGUGUGCACUGUGUGACCAGCCUUUCACUUUUAAUCAAGAACAGCUCCAUCUCUUGAGUUGUUCGCGGGUGACUGUGACAUGCGAGAUGUGUGGAGCUAUGAUGCCUCGAGGUGAAGUGCCAUCCCAUACCACAGAGUCCUGUCCUAGAGUUGUAGUUGCCUGUUCAUAUGCAGAACAUGGGUGCCAUCAUAAAAUGACAAGAUCUGACCUUGAUCAGCAUAAUGAACAAGCAAUCCAGUAUCAUCUUCAGCUUCUUUCAUCUGCACACAAAAAGAUGAAUGCAUUUGUUUCUGACUUGAGUCGAACAGUAGGACUCAUUCAGUCUCCUUAUGGAAACUUCAGCCGGCAACCAAGUCUUCGAAGUCAGAUGUCAGCAACUUCGCCUAUACCAGAAAAUCAUUCAAGCCCAUCACAGCAUGACAGAAAUCUUGAGAAGUCUUUUGGUGCUUAUGGAGGAACUGUUAGUCUCAAUGAUAGAUCAUCAUUAACUCCACAGAGUGAUGAAUUUGGAAAUGAAAUCAAUAAGCUGGAGCUUCAAUUAAACAAUUUAAGUGCAAGUGAAACAAAGAGUGGGUCUAAAAUUCCAAACACCGUUACUCAUCAGGAAAUCAUUUUACGGGAUGUUAGUGAAAAGACAGUUGACUUAAAUCAAAGGAUGUUAGAGGAAACUAUCAAGUUAAGCAAUUUGAGUAAGAGAAUUGAGGAAGUUGAUGCUAUGGUAGAAGUUCAAUUAGCAGAUGUGACUGGGAAAUUUUGUAAUGGAGAGUAUGUCUGGAAAAUCAAGCAUUUCUCUCAUUUAUGCACAGAGCUUCAGAAUAAACCAGGUAGAGUGCUCCAUAGUCCGGCAUUUUACACAUCCCAAUUUGGAUAUAAAUUUUGUUUACGUACUAAUAUAACAUGGAAGUCUAACGAGUAUUUUUUUACUUUAUUCAUACACUCUAUGCAAGGAGAAAAUGAUGACUUUUUAGAAUGGCCUUUUAGUGGAGAAAUAACACUCUCCAUUUUGGAUUGUGGUCCCAAUGUACCAAAAAAACAUAUUACGGAAUCCAUGGUAAGCAAGCCAGAUCUGCAAGCAUUUCAGCGACCUGUUGUAUCAAGAAAUCCUAAAGGCUUUGGUUAUACUGAAUUUGUACCCCUGGCAAAAUUAUUGAAAUCUCAAGGUGGAAGUUACAUAAACAGUGACGUUCUUUGUAUCCGUGCAGUCGUUUCUCCAAAAGCACCAAAAUCAUCAAGUUGAUGUAUGAGCAAUACAGUAUGUACAGUAUUAUCUUUAUCUUUUUCUCGACCUACAUUGAUUUUCAUGUUGCCUUUCACUUAUGUUAGUUGACAUUUAGCUGAAUUUAAAAGGAAAAGUGCAGUUCAAUAGUACAUUCCUCUUUGUGUGAUUGAAUCUUUCAGUUAUAUAGCAAUUUUUACCUUAUUUUUAUAGUAGUAUAUGGUAAUGGCAUUCUGCUUUAUACUUUGAUUUUUAAAGUUUAUACAUUGUUGUGUACAGUAUUACAAUGGCUUCAAAGGGACCAUUUAGCUCAUUUUUUAAUGUUACAUAUACUUUAAAAUUAUAUGUAUAUUUACUACUA